UCAAACGUCUCCGUAUAAACGGAUAACCACGUGAUUUAACUGACAGUAACCACUGAGGCAAGCAAGAGAGCAUUUCGGAUCUGUGAAAACCCACGCUCCUGAAGAAAAUCUUUGGCUGUACAAGGCUUUCCAAAAUGGCAAACGUAACCCCAUCCAUUACUGUGAAUACAACGGUCGCCGAUGACGAAACCAUGGCACUUGCUACCAAGAUGCACUGGGUAUCCAGCGUCAUAUUCGGAAUUAUUUUCAUGAUUAUCGGACUUACUGGAAAUAGUUUAUCCAUCCUGGUAUGGAGGCGGAAGGUGAUGAAAUCUUCGACCGGAACUUACCUUAUUGCUCAGGCGGUGGCUGAUUCUGGUCUGCUGGUUUUCUUCUUCAUCACAGACACGAUCAAAAUGAUCUGGCCAGAGAUUGCUAACAGUUACGCCUACGGGAGCUUCUUCUCGUACAUUGGAUAUCCGAUCUUCUUCCUGUUCGUGGUGUGUAGUAUCUGGCUGACCGUUGGGGUCACUGUUGACCGCUACAUACAGGUGUGCUGGAUAAUGCAUGCCAAGACAAUGUGUAACGACAAAAGAGCCUACACCGGUAUUGGUAUCAUCACUUUCCUCUGUUUUGUCAUCAACCUACCGCACUUCAUGACCUACAAACCUGUAUCUGAUGACAUGCGCAGUCCGGACGAGGCAGCAUUCAUGCAAACUGAUUUCGGUUCGGGUGAGGGAAGUAUGCGGUAUGAAUUCUGGGUACAUUGCAUGUUCCUCGUGCUCGUUCCCUGGGCAACCAUCUUCAUUCUGAAUAUGCUGAUCAUCCGACAGGUUACCAGGGCAAAUAAACGAAUGGAGGAAAAGAGGAGCUCUUUCGCAAGCGGAAAGGUCAAGAGGUCGGAAAGCCAGAUCACACGUAUUCUCUUGACAGUGACCUUCACCUUUCUCGUCCUGAUAGCUCUCCAGUGCAUCACACAAUGCUUCUUCAUGCUGAAGGACGCUGCGGGUAACAGGAGGAUAAUCAACGAAGCCUUUUCUGUGGCCAAACUGGGUAUCGUCAUCAACUCCUCCAUCAAUUUCUUUCUCUACUGCCUCACUGGUCGACGCUUCCGGAAGGAGCUUGGUCACAUCAUGUUUCGUCACUGCGCAUGCGCACGCAAUGCGUACAUGCGCGAGUCAAGCACAGGAGACAGCAAUAAUUCAAGUAUGGAUAAAUCAAAGUCAUCCAUGACAUCCUCUUCAAAGUUCUAAAGAAAACUUCGCUGCCAUGGCGAGGAUAUCGCCUUCUGCUAUGACAAACGUGUACGAUCUCCACUAUAACGCUUGUUUGCUAUGCGUUAAAAACGUACUUAUUCCAAGACUUUACGAAACUGGGAUGAUAA